AUGGAAAAGACGAUGUUUCGUUCGUCUACACGUUUUCUCUGUUCUCUAAAAGCGCAGCAGCAACAUCAACAACAAGAGAAACAAAUAAAGCAACCAUAUAAUAUAAUAAUAUCGGGUGGUGGUAUUGUUGGGGCGGCAACACUAGCUUCUCUCCAGCUUCUGCGAUCGCGUAUUCGUUCACAGAGCUUAUUAGAUGAUGUCUCUGUACCUCCACCGCCUUAUGCGUCUUCCCUCUCGCGUUUAUUGUUGGCAGAUGCGGCUCCACAUCCAAGUUACGAUGCGCAGAAUAUCAUGCAUCAACUACGAACCGUGAGCCUUACACCGGUCUCUAGUAAAUUGCUUGAUAAGUUGGAUUGCUGGCGACGUCUGGAAACGAAGCACGCCUACUACCGCAUUGCUCUUCGCCAUGAACAGUUAAGCAGCCCGGUACUUCCUUCCCAUCAGCGUUCUGCGACUUUCUUCAUGCGUGGACUGCUUGGAGGAGGUGAUACAACAGCAGAGCCAUUGCUUGAGUUCACAGAUCUGCAACGUCCACUAGGUUUUAUUUGUUACAACUCAGAGCUUAACGCUGCCCUUGUCAACGUUGUUGAGGAUCACAAGAUAAUAGAUAAUAAUAACAAGAAUGAUAUUCAAGAUAAUCUUGUAUUUGAAUCUACAGUAGAAUUAUCCAGUAAUGAAAUACCAACAAAUGUUAUCGAUGGCGCUCUUGGAAAGGCGGUACUACGUAAAACUACUGGUGAUGAAGAUCUUGAGUAUUCUUUACUAUUGGGUUGUGAUGGACGUGGUAGUAAACUGCGAGAUGUACUGGCAACCGAGACUUUGCAGCACGACUAUGCACAGACAGGUUUUGUAUGUAGCGUACGUUUAGAGCGUGUGGAUGACGGUAAUGUAUGUUGUUUCCAAAACUUUUUUAUCGAUGGCAGCAUUAUCGCCAUGCUUCCCACAUCGGAGGACACAGCAAACAUUAUCUUCUCAACAACGGCUACUCAUGCACGUGAGUUGUCAGCCGCCUCUCAGAAUGAUCUCGUAGAAGAACUCAAUAAACGUCUUAAUGCUUUUGCCCCAAGGGAUAUUCCUCGCAUUCUAGAGGUCCCUGAGGGAACUGUAAAGGGUAAAAAGAUGCGUGCGCAGGGAUCAUUCCCGUUAAAACUGAAUUUUGUUUUGCGUCCGUAUUCACCUCGGUGUAUGUUGUUAGGUGAUGCUGCCCAUGGUAUUCAUCCAUUCGCUGGACAAGGGCUUAAUUUGGGUCUCUAUGAUGUUUGUGCUCUAACGGAAGUACUGGAAAAGGCCAUUCAAACCGGCCAAGAUAUUGGCAGUGUCUCUGCUGUGGGAGAACCGUUUGCGGCGGAAAUGAUGUUGCACACUGGUACCAUGAUAACGGCAAUGGAAGGUAUUCAUGUCCUUCUUAAUACUGUGCCAGGACUCUCCUGUAUUGGUAUGAAAGGUAUUCAAAAACUACCAAUCUUCUCAUCCUUGGGGAAAGAUUUUAUUCUUCAUGUUGCCUCUGGUGCACUCUUUGCUAGUCGGCAUAGCGAGUGCUUUCUCCUCUCGUAA